AUGCCUUCAUCUAGGAACAUAUUCUGCCUUUUCUUUUUGGCCACUAUCACUGCUGUUGUUGCAGAUACAACUUCUUCUGACCACCCGACACCCUCUGCUUCUAGCAGCAGGCUUACUACUCGCUCGGCUACCAGCGCAGAUGAUAUCUUUGAUGGCUGCCACUAUCAGGUCGAAGGCGUGGGUGCCUUUACUUGCCACCUUGCAUUCGACUUCACUACCAUGGAUACACUCCCGGACGAGUUGAUCGCUAGUACCUAUGAAGUCGGUUCUGGACCCUAUGCUCCAUAUUCACACAUCUUCAAUCCUAGCAAUAUAAUUCUUGGAUCUGGUCAGCCCAUGCAGAUGAUUGUCCCCGGUGGUCAAACUGUAGACCCUCUGGAUACAUGUCAAUUGGUGACCAGAUAUGACGAUAUACUUUAUGCCAGUGUAAGGACAGUCGCGCAAGCCAGCCCCAUCAACGGCACAGUUCACGGUACGUUUGCUGCAUUUCCAUUCUAUGCUCCAAUGCUUUGCUUGCGCAUAACUGAUGCUGACAUUAUACAGNGCUUCUUCAUGUACAUGAACGACACUCAAGAAACCGACAUCGAGAUUCGCACAGGCGACCCCCAAAACAUCCACUUCACAAACCAACAGACCGCACCCGGCACCGGGGAAUCCACAUUCGCAUAUCCCGCACCAUCCACCAUGACAACCGCCUUCCAUGAAUACCGCUACGAUUGGUUGCCCACAGAAACAAAUUUCUAUAUUGAUGGUGUGCAUGUGAUGUCGAUAUACAGAAAUGUGCCUUCAGCGGCUGGCUGGCUAAUGUGGAACUCGUGGAGCAAUGGAUAUGUGUGGACGUAUGGGCCGCCGGUGCAAGACAGCGUUCUCCAGAUUGCAUCCGUGGAGGCUUAUUUCAAUCGCUCCAGUAUCGAUAUCUCCAAUUGCGAGGUCAACACUACAGGGACGGAUGUGGCAAGCAGCACUGGCGUUCAUAUCACCACAAACGCAGCAGCUGUAACCAACCUUCCGUCUGCAUCUGCAUCUGCGUCUACGACCACCGAACUUCAAACCUCACAAUCCUCCGACGGUACGUCCACCCUCAGCACUCAAACGCUUAUUUUUCCUCGCAAUGCAACUGAGGAUGCAGAGGAGGCGGCUGAACACAUUCUCUUUGACGAAGAACAACACUUAUACCAACACUACUCUGCAGGCUAUGGCUACUACUGGGAUUGUCUUUAG